AUAUCCCCUUCUCCCAGGGCGGUGGAAGUCGCUCGGAGCUCUCGGAGCUCUCGCCCACCUAUGAGUACGAUGACUUUGCUACCUCUCCCAGCAGGUCAAGCACUUUCCCAUUGCGUGCACACACACACUACACACGUACCUUUUCUGUUGCCUACACAAACACUUACCUACAUGCAUUUCCUGUAUGCAUACAUUUAGUUGUAAAAUACACCCAAAACACACUUCUUCUUUGUUCCAUCGUUCUCACCAGUCUCUGUGGAGGACUUAUUCACACGUCUUCUUCAUUUCCUUUCCCUUUUAUUUAAUCUCCAUGUCAUCCUUUUCUUCAUCCUUGGCAUGCGCUUCUCCUUUCAUCUUUUGCGGUGCUGAGGUUGUGUUAACUGUGAACGCGGUUCUUCUAAUACCCUCUCAUGGACGAUAACAGGUGUGCGUCUUAAAAUUCAAAUAGCAAAGUGAUCCUUGGUAUGACCUUAAAACAAUUCCAACUCAGCAAAAAAAGAAACGUCCCUUUUUCAGGACCCUGUCUUUAAAAGAUUAUUUGUAAAAAUCCAAAUAACUUCACAGAUCUUCAUUGUAAAGGGUUUAAACACUGUUUCCCAUGCUUGUUCAAUGAACCAUAAACAAUUAAUGAACAUGCACCUGUGGAACGGUCGUUAAGACACUAACAGCUUACAGACGGUAGGCAAUGAAGGUCACAGUUAUGAAAACUUAGGACACUAAAGAGGCCUUUCUACUGACUCUGAAAAACACCAAAAGAAAGAUGCCCAGGGUCCCUGCUCAUCUGUGUGAACAUGCCUUAGGCAUGCUGCAAGGAGGCAUGAGGACUGCAGAUGUGGCCAGGGCAAUAAAUUGCAGUGUCCAUACUGUGAGACGCCUAAGACAGCGCUACAGGGAGACAGGACGGACAGCUGAUCAACCUCGCAGUGGCAGACCACGUGUAACAACAGCUGCACAGGAUCGGUACAUCCGAACAUCACACCUGCGGGACAGGUACAGGAUGGCAACAACAAAUGCCCGAGUUACACCAGGAACGCACAAUCCCUCCAUCAGUGCUCAGACUGUCCGCAAUAGGCUGAGAGAGGCUGGACUGAGGGCUUGUAGGCCUGUUGUAAGGCAGGUCCUCAUCAGACAUCACCGGCAACAACGUCGCCUAUGGGCACAAACCCACCAUCGCUGGACCAGACAGGACUGGCAAAAAGUGCUCUUCACUGAUGAGUCGUGGUUUUGUCUCACCUGGGGUGAUGGUCGGAUUCGCGUUUAUCGUCGAAGGAAUGAGCGUUACACCGAGGCCUGUACUCUGGAGUGGGAUCGAGGUGGAGGGUCCAUCAUGGUCUGGGGCGGUGUGUCACAGCAUCAUUGAACUGAGCUCGUUGUCAUUGCAGGCAAUCUCAACGCUGUGCGCUACAGGGAAGACAUCCUCCUCCCUCAUGUGGUACCCUUCCUGCAGGCUCAUCCUGACAUGACCCUCCGUGGUCCUCUGUAGCUCAGCUGGUAGAGCACGGCGCUUGUAACGCCAAGGUAGUGGGUUCGAUCCCCGGGACCACCCAUACACAAAAAAAUGUAUGCACGCAUGACUGUAAGUCGCUUUGGAUAAAAGCGUCUGCUAAAUGGCAUAUAUUAUUAUUAUAUUAGCAUGACAAUGCCACCAGCCAUACUACUCGUUCUGUGCGUGAUUUCCUGCAAGACAGGAAUGUCAGUGUUCUGCCAUGGCCAGCGAAGAGCCCAGAUCUCAAUCCCAUUGAGCACAUCUGGGACCUGUUGGAUCGGAGGGUGAGGGCUAGGGCCAUUCCCCCCAGAAAUGUCCGGGAACUUGCAGGUGCCUUGGUGGAAGAGUGGGGUAACAUCUCACAGCAAGAACAGGCAAAUCUGGUGCAGUCCAUGAGGAGUAGAUGCACUGCAGUACUUAAUGCAGCUGGUGGCCACACCAGAUAAUGACUGUUACUUUUGAUUUUGACACUUCCUUUGUUCAGGGACACAUUAUUCCAUUUCUGUUAGUCACAUGUCUGUGGAACUUGUUCAGGUUAUGUCUCAGUUGUUGAAUCUUGUUACGUUCAUACAGAUAUUUACACAUGUUAAGUUUGCUGAAAAUAAACGCUGUUUUCAGUGAGGAUGUUUCUUUUUUUGCUGAGUUUAGCUUAGUAGUACCCCCCCUUCCCCCGGCUUAGACAGGACUUAGACUCUUAUGGGUUAACACCUAAUAUUUGACUGGUCAGUUUAUACUGUGCUAGUUAGAGGAUAAUACCUUGGCUAAGUACAUACAAUUAUUGCCAAAGAUGCAGUGAGACCAGCCUGUGUUUGUUCCACCUCCCACUGCUACAGUAGUAAUCCCUGUCACCACCCAGUCAGUCAGUGGGUCAGACACGGGUCAAUAAGGUCAUUUUACUCUACUGGACCUUAUCAGCUCAGUCACACCUCAUUAAAUACACACCCAGAUGCUAGCAGUAUAAACAGGCCUGGCCAUAUGGACUGUCCACAGCACUUAUUGUACUCCACAUUCAAGUAGCCUGAGUACCAGUAUGUUUGUGCUAUCAUGCCAACUCCUUGUCACUCAUUCUCGUGCGAAACAUGGCUAACAUGCAAGGGCCCCGUUGAAAACAGAUAGCUUCUACAGUCAGUUCUAUAGCAUUAACAGUUAGUUACUUUAGUGGGGAACAACUAAACUAGCACUCCGAAUCUUAGCUAUUCAUCUCAUAUUACUUAAUUCGGUUUCAUCAAGGAAAUAAAAUUAAUUGAAAUUUAAAAGGGACCAUUUCACUGUAAACUAAAAUGGAGUGUCUUUCAAUAAGUUUGCCGCUGGCUAGAGCCAAAAGGCCAUCAAUAAGACACAGAUGGAACCCCAUUGGUUGUGCAUGGUGUCGUGAUGGUGUCUAGGCAUCUAUUCAAUGGGCCAAAACAUUCAGUCAGCAAUGUAUUGCAUAGAAGUUACAUGACUUAAUAUACUUAGUCACAGUCAUAUCAAAGUAAUGGAUUUCUAUCUGCAACAUCCUGAAUGUUGGGCCCUAGUGAAUAAGCCCAUCAAGUUAAGUGUAGUGUACUUAACUGGGCAGAGCAGCAAUGUGUUAGCUGACCGAAGGUGUUGAUUGACCCACAGAGUGAAGGAGCUGACGGUGGACCCUAACCAGGUGAUAGAGGGGGUCCGGCCCAACAUCCAUGUGGUGGACCAGCUGGAUGAUGACUGGGACCACCUGGGCAGCUCCCCCCAGAGAGACGACCUCAAACUGCUCUGUGAGCAGAACGUAAGCAACACUCUUAAUGCACUUCUAUGCUCAUGCACAGCUUUUAUCCUAGAUGGUUUUCUUACUGUGUGCAUGCACACGUGUUUGCAUCCAUGCGUUUGAGGCCAUUUCCCCAAUAGAGGUGUUGGGUCUGGUGUUGCUGGUUGAAGUGUGUGUGUCUGUUCUGUCUCCCCAGGAGGAGGAGGUGUCCCCCCAGCUCUUAACCUUCCAUGAGGCUGUCUCUCAGAUGGUGGAGAUGGAGGAACAGGUGCUGGAGGACCACAGAGCUGUCUUCCAGGUCAGACUCCAUUAACAGAUGGCUCCUCUUAGAUCCUUUCACAUAUAGUUAGUUAGGAGGUUCCAACUAUUGAGAUGAAUGAAUCUGCAAGCUUGAUGUCCUGUGAAGUGUGGAGACACUAUCCAUGAAAUUCUCUAAAUCAUCCAGUUCUUCAAGCUAAUGUGAUGCUGACUCGAUUGGAGCAAAAUAAUUGAUUUGAAUAAUUUGUUUCAGUGGGGAGAUGACUAAGUGAGAUGUUAAUGUGUGUGUUGUGAGCAGGAGUCUAUCCGGUGGCUGGAGGAUGAGAAGGUUCUGCUGGAGAUGACUGAGGAGGUGGACUAUGAUGUGGACUCGUACGCCACUCAGCUGGAGCAGAUCCUGGAUCAGAAGAUUGACAUCCUUACGGAGCUCAGAGGUAGGCAUGGACAUAAAUGUUAUUAGUGACAUGGCACCGUUUGUCUGAUAAAAGAACAUCUCUUAGGGAUGAGGUGCUCAAAAUUAGCGCGAGUUUUAACGCCUGGCCUAUGCAAGUUGGCAUAUUUGUAUUAUUCACUUCCUGAGGUUAUUUUUCAAUCGUUUGUUGAUUUGUAUCUAUGCAGAUCACCGUUGACAUUCAUUAGUAGGUUCACGUCUAUUUACAUAAAUCAUGGGAUUUUUUGAUAAGCAAUAUCUAAUCCACUGUCUGUGUUCCUCUCCUCAGAUAAAGUCAAGUCGUUCCGCUCAUCGCUCCAGGAAGAAGAACAAGCCAGUAAGCAGAUCAAUCCUAAGAGGCCGCGUGCCCUGCUGUAGACCAGACCAGGGUGGGGUGUGUGGUCGACCAAGGAGAGGAGGGGUGUAUGGUCUGUGUGUGGAGGGGCAGUGGUACAUACAGGAACAUAAACACUAGAUACACUACAUAUACAAAAGUAUGU